GGGCCCGGGUCUAGGUAUUUUAGGGCUGUGGAUUUCCAUGCGUUUGUACGGCAGGGGCAAAAUAUCAAGGCGUCGAAUUCAUGGGGGCCGUCAUUCAUGCGCUCAGCAGAAAAUGCGAGCUAAGGGGCGGGCAUUGUGUUCUGGUUCACUGAGCUGCCAUUGGAUUCGAGCUCUGACGCUCUGGCUGUCUUACCAGCUAGCGAGGUUUGAAGAGGGCUUUGGUUGCACGUAAGGCUUCUAAGUUGCUGAGUUCAUUGGAGGAAGCACGAAGACUGUCCUGGCGAGAGGAGCUUGCCCCUGCGCCACUUUUAAACCUGCAAUCCAAAUGGUUAUGGAAUACUUCAGCUGCACCGGCUGUAAGACUCAAAGACCGUUUUGAGCUGCCCCUGUCGGUUGAGGGGUUCAGGAGGGAGCCAGCUGUUUGCUGAAGCAGUAGCGUCAGCCAGCUCUUCCUGUCUGUACAUAGUUUUUCUGAUAAGCUAUGGGUUGCACGGUGUCCAGCCCCGUCGAGGGCGAGGGGGACCAGCGGCGGGAGGACACCUGCCAGGUCAAGCUAAGGCCAGCUGCACCAUGUUCGAGGGCCUGCAAGCAGCAGGGGCACAAGGGACAGAAGGGGCAGAAGGGGCAAAAGGGACAGAAGCACAAGCGCUUUGCAGAGUCCGUGGCCGCCACUUCAGACAGCCCUGACUGCUCAGACUCUCCUGGGGGCUCCACGCCUCGGAGUCCUCUCCCCCCCAUCCCAAAGUCCGCCUCAGCUGUGUCUGCACGUAAUGCCUCCGAGCAAGACACUGACAGUCAAGCGAGCCGCAAGUCUCUGGAGUAUUCAGACGUAGUCAUUGACGAAAACUCGCUGGAAUUGGAGGAGCUCACGCUGCCAGACAGGAGGGUAGACAAGCACUACUACCCCUGGUAUCCUGAGAAGGUCUUUAUGCUGCGGCCGGGCCCCACCUCGAUGUUUGAUCCAAAGGGUGCACCUAGGCCUUGCAACGAGCAGUUCAGACUGCAGGUCCUACGGAGCUACAACAUCAUGGACACCGAGCCUGAGGCAAGGUAUGAUCGCCUGACAGAACUGGCGUCGAUGAUCUUCAAGACUCCAGUGGCGCUCGUGUCCCUGCUGGAUGCCGAGCGUGCCUUCUUCAAGUCGCAUCAUGGAUUGGGUUGCACAACAAUCAAUCGGGAAGACGCCUUCUGUGCCUACACAGUUCUGCCCUCGAAGGAUCCGUUGCUGAUUGUGCCGGAUUUGCUCAAAGACGGCAGGUUCCACAAGAACAAUCUGGUCGUCGGGGGCCCCAAGUUUCGAUUCUACUGCGGCGCGCCCCUCCUGACGGAAGGCGGUUACAUCAUUGGGACUCUGUGCGUCCUCGACUUCCAGCCAAAGGUGUUCACCAAGGCGGAACAAGAGAUGCUGCUGGCACUCUCGAAACUGGUAGUCAUGGAGAUCGAGAAGAAUACUAAGGCCAAGGAAUUGCAGCGGCUCCAGACGGAGCGCUUCGACCAGGACAAGCGGGGCCUGCUUCAAGCCAUAGACGCGUUUAGCGAAGGGCUCGUGCUCUGCGACGCCGCAUCUCCAGGCCAACCGAUCGUCUUUGCAAAUGAGGGCUGGGAGAAGAUCACCGGCUACACGUUGCAGGAGGUUAUUGGGCAACCGUCCAGCACGUUAUUGCAGGGUCCGCUGACGGAGCAGAAAGACGUGGACGCAUUACAGAAAGCGUGCGAGCUUGGCAUCGAGGCGUCGGUGGAAAUUCGGAACUACUGCAAGGACGGCACGCCUUUCUGGAACUGGUUGCGCAUGCGGCCCGUACACGACAAGGCGAUCUUUGCGGGCGAUGGAGCGCCAAAGCCGGACAGCAAAUACUAUUACGGCAUCCUGUCCGAUUGCACCGUCCGCAAAGAGAAGGAGCUGGAACUAGAGACGCGGCGCAUCCGGGAGAUGGAGAUCGAGGCCGCUAUGCGAGCCAAACGCUCCUUCGUCACCAACGUCAGCCACGAGAUCAGGACGCCUAUGAACGCCAUCAUUGCAUGCAGCCAGUUGCUGCAGGAGUCGGCCCAGCUAUCGGACGCACAGCGGGAGCUGGCACAAAUGAUCAACGGCUCUGGGCAACAGCUGCUGGCGCUGAUCAACGACAUCCUCGACUACAGCAAGUUGGACGCAAAGAAGAUGAAGAUGACUCAGCGCGAGUUCAACCUGUGGGGUUGCCUCGACUUCUGCAUGGAGAUGGUUGUGCUCAAAUGCGAACACAAGGGGCUCGACCUCUCCUACUCUAUGGACCCCAACGUGCCCAAUUGGAUCUGGGCGGACGAGAUCCGGAUUCGCCAGAUCAUCACCAACCUCCUCAGUAACUCCGCCAAGUUCACGAACGAGGGGGGACAGAUCGAGAUGACGGUUAGUGCUAAACUCUGCCGGCGGCCAGGCAACCCAGCCCCCGAGAGCGAGACGGACUCGCCGCGGGCCUCCCCGCCCCCGCACGAGGAACUGCCGGCGUAUGACGUCACUUUCGCGGUGCGCGAUACGGGGAUCGGGAUGCCGAAAGCGUUCCAGGCGGUGUUGUUUGAGGCGUUCACGCAGUGCGACAAUGCACGGACCAAGCGAUACGAAGGCACCGGCCUGGGCCUGGCAAUCUGCAAAGAGCUGGUCGAGUGCAUGGGCGGCCGGAUGUGGGUCGAAAGCACCGAAGGCGUCGGGAGCACGUUCUUCUUCUCGAUCCGCGUCCACGGCUCUGACAUCGAAACCCAGGGCGAACCUAGAGUUAUCGCUAACCUCCCCCCGGGAAAACCGCCGACUCCCCUGACCGGGAGCCGUGCGCUCUUAGUGGGCGCGAACGAGUCGUUCCAGAAGAUGGUGACGUCAGUCGUAUCGUCCUGGGGGGUAGAGGUGGAGUUUGCGCGGACCACCGAAGAGCUGAGGAAGAAGAUGGACGGGGCGGGUUUGGGAACGGGUUUGGGAGAAACCCCACCGGGUUUGCCGGAGAUCAGUCCGACGGGUGAGGGGAUGCGCGCACGGGAGGGCUUCGCGUGGCCGGAGGAGGACACGGAGCGAGAGGCGCUGGAAGAAGCGUUCCAGUUCGCGCACUCAACGGACUUUGAAAGCGAUGCGCCGCUGCGUGAUGCGGCAAUGCCCAAAACCGCGGGAGCUUCGGGGUUAGCCGGAGCGGUUUGCUCAACCGAGCGCGUUGGAGGAGACUCCAAAGAAAGCGGCGGGGAAUCAGGGGACGACAGGGCGAUCCUGCGACGGCUGCCAUCUCUAAAGCUGUCGGUCGGCGGUCCGUUCGAUGUGGUCAUCGUCGAUAGCAUGGUGUGUUCAACUGAGGGCGAGGAUCCGGCAAAGCGGGAGCGAGCGACGGAGCUGAUGCGACUGGGGUGCGAGUGCGGCGCGAAAGUGCCGACGGUGCUCCUGGCGACGAAGCAUGAGCAGGAGCUGCUGGCGGGCUCAAAAGCAAUCAAUGGUGUGACGGUUCUUUCGCGCCCGGUCCGGAUCAACGCGUUCUACGCCGCACUCCUCGCUCUCAUCGCAAACCUGAAGCCUAAGACGCCCAUCACGGCCAGCAACGCAGCGGCCGCACUCAGCGACGCAGGGAAGGACUCGUCGCUGCGCAUCUGCAUCGCGGAAGAUAACCCGGUCAACCAACAGGUCUUGACCAAGCUCUUGAAAUCGUCCGGGUACGAAGACGUGCGCACUGCGGGGACGGGGCUCAAGCUGCUGAAGCUGUUGCAAGAGGGGCCGGCGGACGUCGUUCUGAUGGACGUGCAGAUGCCGGAAAUGGACGGGUUAACCGCAUCGGCGCGGAUUCGGGCGCUCUAUCCCGAGGAUCGACGGCCUCUUGUGGUUGCUCUGACGGCCGACGUUGGGCCCGACAUUCAGAAGGAGUGCCGCGAAUCCGGCAUGGUGUCCUAUUUGUCAAAGCCCAUACAGAAGUCGGUGCUGGAAAAACUUCUCUCCAUGUGUGUGCAUCUCAAAUCUCGGCCAAAGGGCCAGGCGUUCGUUAAAUGGUUCGAUGUAAUCUAGAUGAGAUGGAAAGUGACGUGGACGAAACACCAAAAGGGUUUAGCUUAGUGUGAGCUCCUGGAAGAGAAGGGCACCUAUGCCCCUAGUUGUGUACUUCGAAGAACCGUGUUUAGGUUUUUGACAGUCACCUCUGCUUGUAUGGGGAUGCAAGUAUGAAAUUUAUGUGACGGUAGUAGUUGACGUUAGAUAAAGACGGUAAGGUAGAAAGCAAUCUGGUCAUAACACAUCUCAGGGCACUCUCGAAAUAUCUGAUCUGAGCGCGAAGAUGCGUCUCUGACAAUAGUUCGUAGAUUUUUUUUAGUGUUUUUAGAGUAAUUGGAGACAAUAGCCACCGGCCAGCUGCAGGUGGAUCUCCUAUGAGUUUAUGCAAGCUAGUAAGUUAGAGCAGCGUGUUGACAGCCCUCUAGUCUACUAUUACGUAGCUGGGGCAAUGUUUCGAAGGAAACAAACACCUUUGGAUUCUGAUAGUGGGGUAUGGUGUACGAUAACGGUCAGAUUCAAAAGGAUUCAAGCUAGCUUUAUUGAAAGAUC